AUGUCCCAGUUCAAAGUCUGUGUUAGAGUCCGGCCGUUAUGCGAAAAAGAGAAGAAAAAUUCGCACAAGUUAGCCAUCGAGUUGGGUGAUGAUGAAACCUCCAUCAUCAUCCACAACAUCAAGAUAUACAAAGAUCUUCGUGACGAAAUCCUACAGCCAAUGUUUAGUGGUUAUAACGUGACCUUAUUUGCCUACGGCCAAACUGGGUCGGGCAAGACCUAUACAAUGAUGGGAAAUGAGAAAAACAAAGGCCUGAUUCCAAGAUUGUGCAAGGGCCUCUUUGAAGAGCUUAAUAGCAAGGCGAUGCUCAGUAAAUGUAAUAAUAAUAAUAAUAAUAAUAAUAAUAAUAAUAAUAAUAAUAAUAAUUGUUACAAUAAUGAUAAUAAUCUAAAUAAUAAUAAUGUCGACAAUGAUGAUGAAACUACGUUUGAAAUCCUAGCCAGAGUUAGAGAACAUCCGAAGACUGGCCCGUAUGUUCAAGGUUUAUCGCGACACAGAAUAAAAGACAAUGAUUCCAUACAGAAGUUGAUAAGAAGAGGAAACUUACUGAGGUUGUUGAAUGAAUGA